AUGGUGGCAAACGUGGAGCACGGGCACAGUGAACACUGUGAGCGUGGCAAUAUCCCAUCCGUAGAGAUGAAGAAAGAUGCCUGGAAAAAGUGGGUUGCAAGGCAACAUGCGCUUAUGAAUACAUACAGUGAGCAGGAGUGGUUUCAACAUUUGUUAGAACAUAUCGCACAAGACAAUGUAACCGCAGCAGACAACGCACCGGCAAACGCCGAAGUACCUAUAAUGGCAAAAGACUUAGAAGUGGAAAAUGUAACGGGAACACAACAUAUGCUAAGAGUGAGAGAUUUACCGCGGUCGCAACUGCAUCGGCAAACUUACAUGAAAAAACGGUUAACCGCUAAAACAUGGAUACUGAUCCUGGCAUUAGUCAUAGAACAGUGCGAGCUUGAAAGCCGUCUGCAGGAGAAGGAGUUAUAUGUAGAUGAACUCCUGGACAAGCUCUGA